AUGACGAUCACUCCCCGGACUAUGCCUCUGGCUGUCCUCGCCGCACUCAUCGCUAUCCUUUCACUGACCAGCGCUGCCCGUUCUAUCCCCCAACGAGUGUCGGAGGAUGGCGCCCCAUCUUCAGCACAGCAGCAGCAGAGGCGAGCUGCUGCCCCGACGACGAAGUUCAGCGUACCUAAUGGCUACUCUCUUCUCUGGACCUCCUCCGGCACCCGCGCAAAGAUCGGCUCAGUCGCAGUGGGGUACAUCUCCAUGUCCCCCGAGUCUGGCAGCCAGAUCACACAAUCCUCAAUCAACAGCUGCACGGCCAAGUGUUCGGCUUCCUCAUCCUGCGUCGAUGUCCAAUUGGUCCAGUACACUGGUGGAACCGGAGCCGCGGACGUGUAUUGCAACUUGUACUCUACGGUAAAGAGCAAGACGGAGGCCACUUACAAGACGAGGAAGAACAAGUCGGGGAGCGUAGUGGUGGCGUAUAACUACGGCAGAGAGGCUAGCGCCUCGUCCAAGACCUCCUCGACAUCUGCCAAGUUGGCGUCCAGUCAGCCCGCGAAGAGCUCUACGACUACAUCCCGAGCAGUGCCUUCGACUACCAAGGUCUCGUCCUACACCAAGACGACGCCCACCUCUACCAAGUCCACCUCCUCAGCCUCUGUCACAACGGUCCACUCCACCAUCACGUCGGGCAAGACCACCACAACGACCACUUCCACAUCAACCGCUUCGACCACCACAACGACACUCGUCAUCCCUCCACGAAGCGACCUCUCCUCAGAUGGACCUCGUCCGAGGCGCAAUCCCCCUGCCAACCCAAAGGGGGCCAUCCUGUAUCAGUACCGACCGACUGAAUGCGCCGGCACCUCAGGUUACGUCCCCAUCUUCGCCAACCGUCACUGGGUCAACUCGACCCACCCUGUCUCGAGUGCCACGCGUGCCUACGUAGUACAGCACGGAGCAGGGCGCGACUUCGAAAAUGCCUUUGCCGCCAUCUCGAGUAAUGUGGACCAGUCCUCGUCACUCGUCGUGACGCCCAACUUCUACCUCCCGAGCGACAAGCCCACGUACAAGAAUGCGAGCCAAAGCAAUUGGUUUGAGCCAGAGAUCAACCUGGCUUGGUCUUCUUCCAAUGCUUGGAUCGGUGGUAGCGACGCUGUAGCUGGGUCUGCGAGCAACUAUACCGUUGGAGCAUGCUCGACGUACGAGGUUUGGGACUCGCUCGUCACCCUGUUGAACAACAAGAGCAAGUACCCAUCCCUCGAGGUCAUUUACCUUGUGGGACAUUCGGCCGGAGCGAGCUUGAUGCACCACUACGCUGUAGUCAGCGAUAAGGCUACGAGUGGGAGCGGGGUGCCCAUCAAGUGGGUGGCAUUCAAUGCUGCGUCUUUGCCGUACUUUGAGAGCCAUCGCCCGGACAGCUACGAUAAUUGCUCAGGAUAUGACAGCUACCUCUACGGAUACGCCUCCUCCCUGCCCCGCUACGUGGCCUCGCACGGUGGAUCCUCUCCUCUCACCCUCUUUAAGCGCUACAUCGGACUCAAUCUGUACAGCGGUACGGGCACAACGGACAUCCGCCGCUUGUACGACUUCGGUGACGACUCAUGCUCCGUCCUCGCUCAAGGCGGCCUCAACAGGCGUGACCGUAACUACGCGUGGUGGGCGUACCGAAACCUCCUUGCCGGUACGAGCACGAAUGUCACGGCGUACUACGGGGCGAAGAACCUGACAGAGAGCGGAUUGAAGGCAAUCGGUGAUGGAAACGGUUUCGGGCACAGAGACUGUGUUGUGCUGAAUGUCGGGCAUGUGGAUGCGAAGAUGUACGCUAGCGAGUGCGGCCAGUAUGCCUUGGGCCAGACGAGUACGAAGCCAAAGGAGCAGGAGCCUGUGAGACCCGAGUAG